AUAAAUUCGAAAAUUGAACUUUUUUUUUGAAUUAAAAUUUAAAGAAAAAUGUUCAAAAUAAAUACGAAGUCAAAGAAAAUAUUAAAAUAACUAAAUUUGUUUUCAAACUUUUGCAAAGAAAAGCAUUGAAUAAAUGUACUAAAAUUAAUUAAAAUAUUUAAAAAUUAAAAGUGCAACAGUAAGAAAAAUCAAUAAAAAAAAAAGUCGCAAAAAUGCGUAUGUUUUCACCAAUUGAAAAAUCACAGAGUACAUUGUACUCAAAUAAUUUAUCUGAGUCAACAAAAUCUAUUGAUGAAAGCUAUGAAGAUGAUACUUGUAGUAAUAAUGAUAGCAUGGCAACCAAUAUCCACACAUCAUCUCGAUCAUCAUACGUAACAUUAACGGAUGGUGGUGCUAGUAAUGGUAUAAGUGGUAUUAGCCGAAAUAGUAAUAUUAGCGGAAGCAGUCAUGCUAGUGACAGUCUUGGAGAAGCAACCACCAGUAGUAGUGAUAAUAAACGUAAACGGGAUACAAUAACAAGUAGUGAAGGUUGCCGAGAUCGUUUCUCAUCAACAUCGUCUUCUUCAACAAAUUGUAUAUCAAGUACCAGAAAUAGUAGUAGUUUAUACAGUAGUGCUGGCAGUGGUAAAUUAAAUUUCAUGAAACGUGGUAUUAGCUGUUAUAGUAGCAGUCGCGGAAGUAAUAGUUUACCAUAUUCAAAAUCAGAUAUUCGAAAUAAUGUUAGUAGUACAGUAAGUUACAAUGGUACAACAGCUACUGAAGCAGAUAACGAAAAUGAAGAAAAUACGGGCGAUAUUGAAGAUGAAGAUGAAGAUGAAGGUGGAGAAGUUGAAAUUGAUUUUGAUGAUCGAUCUGAUUAUGAUUCAGAUGAUCUUUCAUAUACAGAAUGUACUGGAGGAGAUAUUACGCUAGUUGAAGAUCAUAAUAUGUGCUUUAAUCCAAAAAGCGAAGCUGAAAUGAUGUUCUUUCAAGUAGUUGAAAUGUUACGCUAUGAACAAGAGAAAAUGCGUCAAUUCCAAAAAACUUUAGAAGAUUUAAGUUCUCGUGUUGCAUCAGCUGAAACAACAACAUCAACAUGGAGCCCACCGGCAACAGCAACAGAAGCAACAGAACAAAUGCAACAUUUACAACGUUUACGUGAUAAAAUGACUACAGCUGGUGCUCUGUUGGAUGACUGUAAUGAACAACAGGGUUUCUUUACUGCCAAUCAUGUACUUGUGCCAAACCAAUGUUUAUCUAAAUUGGAAGACUUAAAUACAAGAAUGAAACUUUUACAAAUUGCAAUGGAUGAACGUCAGAAAGUUUUAAUAAAUGCAGGUGGUAAUCAAUUAAUCGGUACUAACGAUGAUGGUAGAACAACAUCGAAUAGCGGUACUAUAGGUCCUUUACCUAAUUUAGGACAAAGUGUUAAACCACCAUGGGAACGUGCAACGACAGCUGCCAAUGUGCCUUACUAUAUUGAUCAUGAGCGGGAAACAACUCAUUGGGACCAUCCAGAAAUGAUUGAACUUAUGAAAUCUUUAGCGGAUUUAAAUGAAGUUCGAUUUUCAGCAUAUCGUACAGCAUUAAAAUUACGUUCAGUUCAAAAACGAUUAGCAUUGGAUCGCAUCCCAAUGUCAGUGGCAAUAGACUCAUUUGAUCGACAUGGUUUACGUGCCCAAAAUGAUAAAAUCAUUGAUAUACCAGAUAUGACAACUGUUCUGCAUUCCUUAUAUGUUACCAUAGAUCAAAUAGAUUUACCCUUGAUGUUGGAUUUAGCAAUCAAUUGGAUAUUAAAUGUUUAUGAUUCACAGAGAACUGGGCAGAUAAGAGUAUUAAGUUUUAAGGUUGGAUUAAUUUUACUAUGUAAAGGACAUUUGGAAGAGAAAUAUCGUUAUUUAUUUAGAUUAAUUGCUGAUCCAGAACGUAAAGUGGACCAAAGAAAAUUGGGUUUAUUGCUACAUGAUUGCAUACAGGUUCCUCGACAGCUUGGUGAAGUUGCAGCAUUUGGAGGUUCAAAUAUUGAACCAUCAGUUAGAUCAUGUUUAGAAAGAGCUGGCAUUUCACAAGAUGUUGUUCAAGAUGGCAAUCAAGAAAUAACCAUUGAAGCACAACAUUUUCUUGGUUGGUUACAACAUGAACCCCAAAGUUUAGUAUGGCUUCCAGUUUUACACCGAUUAGCUGCUGCUGAAAAUGCCAAACAUCAGGCGAAAUGCAACAUUUGUAAAGAGUAUCCAAUAAUUGGAUUUAGAUAUCGCUGCUUGAAAUGUUUCAAUUUUGAUAUGUGCCAGAAAUGUUUCUUCUUCGGUCGUAAUGCCAAAAAUCACAAACUAAGUCAUCCAAUGCAUGAGUAUUGCACAACGACGACAUCAACUGAAGAUGUUCGUGAUUUUACCCGUGCACUCAAAAAUAAAUUUAAAAGUAGAAAAUAUUUCAAAAAACAUCCUCGAGUUGGUUAUUUGCCUGUUCAAAGUGUAUUAGAAGGUGAUGCACUUGAGAGUCCAGCACCUAGCCCACAGCAUACAACACAUACAUUACAAAAUGAUAUGCAUUCCCGUUUAGAAAUGUAUGCAUCACGUUUAGCUCAAGUUGAAUAUGGUACAGGUUCUAAUUCAACGCCAGAUAGUGAUGAUGAACAUCAAUUAAUAGCACAAUAUUGUCAAGCAUUACCAAAUAAUGGUACUGGACCAAAAAGUCCAGUACAAGUAAUGGCAGCUAUGGAUGCAGAACAACGUGAAGAAUUAGAAGCUAUAAUACAUGAUUUAGAAGAAGAGAAUGCAACAUUACAAGCGGAAUAUGAAAGAUUAAAAUCGAAACAAACACCUAGUACAACACCCGAUGAAAGUCAAAAUAAUGCAAUACCAAGCGGUGGACAGGGACAGGAUAUGAUGGCUGAAGCCAAAUUAUUGCGUCAACAUAAAGGACGUUUAGAAGCAAGAAUGCAAAUUUUGGAAGAUCAUAACAGACAAUUAGAAGCACAGCUACAGAGAUUACGUCAAUUACUUGAAGAACCAAAUAGUGCUGCUCAUAAGCCUUCAACACUUCAAACAAGAUCAGUGACAGCCUCACAGUUAAAUACUGAAUCACCAGCAAAAAUGCAACAAAAUGGUCACUACGAACAGAAUACAAAUGGUAUCGGUGGUAUGCCACCUACAUCAAUGCACAACAAUAGUGGUGGAGGUCCUGGUAUGGGUAUUACAGGUGUUAAUGAAUUACAUAAUGGUGGUAAUAAAAUUGGUUUAACAUCAAUUGGUGGUGGUAACACAGGUCUAAUGGGUAACAUCAAUAAUCCAAAUUCAACAAUGGUCGGUCAUAAUAUAAUGAAUUCAACAACAGGACCAUUUAUGGGUGAUGAUGGUCGCCCACCACCACCACCACAUUCAAGUCUAUUACAUAUGGCUGGUGAUAUCGGCCGUGCUGUCGAAGAACUAGUAACUGUUAUAACUGAACAAGAAAUUGAACAAAACAAUGGUAACAAUAAUAUUAGUAAUAAUGGUAUAAAUAGUAAUAAUGUAAUUAAAAAUGAUGGAUCAAUAAAAAAAAGUAUAUCAAAAGCAGAUUAGAAUAAAAAUAUAACAAAAAUUAUAUAAUUAAUUUGAAAAGAAUAAACAACAAAAAUAAAACAUAAUUAUCUAUAUACAUAUACAGAUAAAUUUACUACUUAAAUAUUGAAAAAAAAAAAACAAUUUUUUUUGGAUAUACACAUACACAUAUAUACAUUCAUAAUGUGCGCAUAUUUAUAAAAUUUAAAAUAUGAAAAUUUUCAAAAAAUAAAAUUGAGCCCUAUUACAAAAUUUGUUUAUAUUAAAAAAUAAAACAAAAAACAAAAAAGUAAUUAUAUAAAAAUUUUAAUAUUAAAAUAUAUAUACAUAUACAAUUAAUAAAAUUAAGGAAGAAAACAAAAAAAAAACAAAAACCCUUUAAAAUAUUAAAAAAUUUAAAAAUAUAAUUUUGAUAUUCCAAAUUUUUAAUUAAACUUAAGUAAAAACAAAAAAUAGACAUGUGUUUAUUUUAAAGUUAUAUAAUGUACUAUUUUAUUUUAUAUAAUACGUUUCUAUUAAUAUAAUAUAAUUUUUAAAAUUUUGAGACCUACAUAUACAUAUAUAUAUACAUAUUUUUAAAAUAUAUAUUUUAUUUUGAAAGUUAAGUUCAUUAAAACUUAACCAUAGUCGAAAGACCACGUCAUUGUUGUAAUCAAUGUUAUAUUUUUUAUUUAUAUGAAUAUUUUUCUUUUUUAAAUAAAAUGGACAACUCAAAUAUAAAUUGGAGUGCAAAAAUAGAUAAAAAGAAAAGUUCAAAUUUUUUCCUUCUCAGAAUUGGUUUCAAACCCAAUGAUUUGACUAUACACGUUAUUUCUUACUUUAUUUUCAUAAUAAUUGAAUGAAAUCAAUUAAACUAAAAAAUUAAACCUUCUGCAGUUAAAAUAAUAAAUAAAAAUUGAAUAUAAUUUACAAUUUUUAAAAAACGUGUUACAUUUUAAAAAUUUCAAAUUUUUAGACUUAAGUUUAGUUAAAAAUGAAUUAAUGUUAAUUCAAAAAUUUAAGUUUAAAAAUUUACUUUGUAAAUUAUUUUUACACUUUAGAAAUACUCCUGAUAAGCUAAGCUAACAAACAUUAUAAAAUAAAUGUAUGAGUUAUCUAACAAUUUUAUAUUAUUUAUUUAUUGAGUCCCAACAUAAUUUUGUCCAAUUACAAUAACCAUUCUCAAGAGAAUGUAUAGACUCUUCUUUUUAAUUUAAACCUUCUUCAAAUUAAAUUUUAAAUCUAUUAUGGCAUUGAUUACUGACUAAGAUCUACUUAAUUCAAUUUUAAUUUUGAAUAUAUUAUAGCUAAAUAGAAUUCAGAUAAAAAAUUAUUAAUUUCUUAUAUUUUCUGUUAAAACUAUGUUUAAAAACUUUCAUUAAUUUUUGUUUUGUUAAUUACAAAUUCAGUCAUUAAUUUUAUUAUUACACAUUUUUUUUUUAUUUUCGCACAAAAUGAAAU